UCUAAUGUCCAUCGUUGCUCUGUUGUUCUUUUCGUUUUACACUGGUUUAUAAUGGAACAGUGGAAAGGCAAGGUUGCUAUAGUGACAGGGGCCAGUGCAGGUAUAGGGGCUGCUAUAGCUCAGGCUCUGGUCCAUCAUGGGAUGGUCGUGGUGGGGCUGGCUAGGAGGCAGGAGAAAAUACAGCAAAUCGCAGACUACCUAGCUAAGUCUCAAGAACCUGGAAAAUUGUACGCUUUGAAAGCUAACUUGAGAAAAGAAGAAGAUAUUCUCGCUGCUUUUGAGUGGGUAGAAAAAGAGUUGGGAGGAGCUGAUGUAUUAGUGAACAAUGCCGGAUUGUCUAUAUACAAUUAUAUACAAGACGGGAAGACAGAGGACUGGCGGAACAUGUGGGAAGUGAAUGUUCUCGCUGUCACCAUAUGUACCAGAGAGUACCUCAAGUCCAUGGAAAAGCGUAACAAUCAGAACGGUCAUAUUUUUAUUAUCAACAGUGUUGGAGCACAUAUACACGAUAUACCCGCUUAUGCUAUGUAUACAGCCACCAAGUACGCGGUAAAAGGUUUCUCGCAGUGCCUCAGGCGAGAACUAUCACAGAAGAACAGUACUAUCAAGGUUACCAGUAUAAGCCCCAGUUGGACGCGGACGGAGUCUACUACGAGCGGCCAACUGGAACAGUUGGGUUCCCAAGCUAUUCUGGAGCCUUCUGACGUGGCUAAAGCUCUUAUAGACGCCCUGGCAACAACAACUGUCACUCAGAUCUGUGAAAUGAUCAUCACGCCUCUUCCUAACGGACUAAUCUACUGAAGCAGAGCUUGUCAACAAGGAAUACAUGUGUUACUAUUUGUACUGAUAGAUGAUCUUCUGCAUGAAUAUAGGCUUCUUACACGA